CUGCAUUUUAUUAAGGCGGAAACUUCCUAUGAAACCGAAACUAUUUUUACCAGAAGAAAAAAGACGCGUCGCAGUCUUUUUGGCUAACGGAUUUAUGAAAUUUCCUCACUUCUGUUUUUAUUUUUACCAUUUGAGAUCCACCUGCGUCUCCUGCAGUCAUUUAAAUAAUCGGUCAUUCGAGUUUCCACAGUCCCCACCUGCUGAGAGGUCACAGUAAAUUUGCUUUAAGGAUCCAUCAAAGAAGACAAACUGCCAUUGAGAUCACAAAAUCAUAAGAUGAGUGAAGACGACUUGUGUAAGAAAUUUGUGUCCAUGAUCUCCAGGAAAAGGAGAUCUGAUGAAGACGUCAGGGCUCUGUCUGGUUUAACACAGAAGGUUCCUAAAGUAAUACAAACUUUCUCUCAUGAGGAUCUCCGCAAGAUCACCGAGUACUACAUGCCCCACCUGGCCUAUGUGAUUGAAUAUGACAUCACUAGUAUUCUGCAGAACCUGGCCACCAAGAACAUCCUCACCAACGAUGAGGCCAAGAGAUUCAAAGCCAAAGAAGAAGGUGAGAGGCGAGCAGGUGUGGAGUCCUUCAUCAAUGACAUAAUGAAGAUGGACAGUGUGGUACUGGUGAGCCUGUGGGAGGCGCUGGCUGAAGAAUUUCCAAGAUUUCCAUCACCAAACAUGACAAGAAUACUGCAGGAGGUGACAGAGCGUGGACAAGACCUCUUGAAGGACAUUCAGGCCAGUCUCCAGCCCGCUGCCAUUGGCACUCAUAUUAAAGGCCUCCAUGAGACACACAGAGGUGGUGUGUCUGAAUCUACAAGAACUCUGGAGGAUCAGACUGCUCCUGGAGACCCAAACACAAGAUCUUUGGGCUUUGAGACUCGAUACACAGAGCUGAUGGUCUUUAAACAGUUCAAAAGAACCUACAGUGAGAGGCACCAUGAACUUGUGAAGAUGGGGAAGACUCAUGCAGAGCUAAUAGAGGAGCAGACAAAAGAGAAAUGUGAGCGAAUCUGGACUGAGCAGCUUUUUAGGAGGAGUCCUGGAAGUGAGACAGACCCUCACAUUGUAGUGGUCAGUGGGGUGGCUGGAAUUGGGAAGACCACCAUGGUCCAGAAGAUCAUGUUUGACUGGGCCAGGGGCACUCAGUACCAGAAGUUUGCAUUUGUGUUCCUGUUUAAAUUCAGGGAGCUCAACCUACUAGACACAGAGACAGAGCCACAGAUGCCUCUGACCAGGCUGAUUGUAAGGCACUAUAAAUAUCUCAGUGACCCAAAGUUGAGAGAAAUCCUGCAGAAACCUGAAUCUCUCCUCUUUAUAUUUGAUGGUCUGGAUGAGUACAAACACAAACUGGACUUCACACAGGAGCGGAACUGCUCAAACAUAGAUGACUACUUCCCUGUCCACACCCUGGUCACCAGCCUGGUCAGAAGGACAUUACUGAAGGGCUGCACUGUCCUGAUAACAACCAGACCAACAGCCCUGGAGACCCUGGACAUGGAGAGAGUUGAUCGAUUUGCAGAGAUCCUGGGGUUCUUCCCUGAACAAAGGCUGAUAUACUUUAAGAAGUUCUUUGGUGAUGCUGAUCGAGGCUCUGAGGCUUUUCACUAUGUGGAGGAGAACGCCAUUCUGUACACCAUGUGCUUCAACCCCUCGUACUGCUGGAUUAUCUGCUCUGUGCUGAAGAGCCACUUCAUGAUACCUGAAGAAGAGCGAGGAGCUGCCCCCAGAACUGUCACUGAGCUCUUUGUGAUGUUCCUUCACAACAUCCUCACUAAUCACAAGCGAGAAGCCAAAGACCAGCGAGAGAUUCUGGUCAAACUUGGAAAGAUGGCUUAUUAUGGAGUGGCCAACAGAAUUCUUGUGUUUUAUGACAAGUUUGAGAUGUCCACCUUUGGUCUCCGGCCAGUUCUGUCCUCUUCAUUCCUCUCAGGGUUCCUCAAAGAAAUCCUUCAGAGAGAAAGCACUCUGGAGUACACGACGUACACAUUCUACCACCUCACCAUACAGGAGUUCAUGGCCGCCUGCUUCUUCUACCUCGAUCCAUCAGAGGGUGUGGAGGAGCUGCUUGUGAAGUUGGAGUCAUGUAACGAUGGCCGGUUUGAGAUUCUCAUUCGAUUUUUAGCAGGACUGUCCAGAUAUUCUGUGUUUAAAACACUGGGGGGAGUCAUGGGGGAGUUUAAGGUGAAGACAGCAAAGCGGAUACUGGAGUGGGUGAAGAAGAAAGCUGAAGAGGCGCUGCAUGGAUGGGAUAAACGUGAAGCUCUGCGAUUGUGUCAGUGGCUCUAUGAGACUCAGAAUAAGAAAUUAAUCAGAGAUGCCAUUGGGAAGGAUUUAAAGAUGGACUUCAGUGAGACGACUUUAUCUCCCCUGGACUGUGCUGUGCUGGGCUCUGUCAUCAGCUGCUGUGGAGAACUUGAGGAGCUCAACCUGUCACAGACUGAGCUCACCUCAGAGUGCAUCAUGAAACUGGCGCCGGGGCUCAUCUGCUGCAGACGUGUCAUCCUGUCUUAUUGUGGUCUCACCUCCAUAUGCUGCUCAGCUCUCUCCUCAGCUCUUUCUGCUCCACACUCACGACUGACUGAACUGAUCGUGAAUGACAACAACAUGGAGGAUUCAGGAGUGAAUCAGCUGUGUGAGGGGCUGAGGAGUGAAAACUGCAAAUUAGAGAAACUGAACCUGUAUCAAUGUGACCUCACCUCCACAUAUUGCUCAGCUCUCUCCUCUGCUCUUUCUGCUCCACACUCGAAACUGACUGAACUGAACCUGAGUGUCAACAACAUGGAGGAUUCAGGAGUGGAUCAGCUGUGUGAGAGGCUGAGGAGUGAAAACUGCAAAUUAGAGAAACUGAGCCUGUCUGAUUGUGGUCUCACAUCAACAUGUGGUUCAUUCCUCUCUUCAGUUAUUUCUUCUCCACACUCAAGGCUGACUGAACUGGACUUGAGUGGUAACCGGGACUUUGGAGAUUCAAGAGUGGCUCAGCUGUGUGAGGGGCUGAGGAGUGAAAACUGCAAAUUAGAGAAACUGAGGUUAUUUGAUUGUCAUCUCGCUUCCAGAAGUUGUUCAUUUCUCUCCUCGGCUCUUUGUUCUCCACACUCACGACUGACUGAACUCGACCUGAGCGACAACAGCCUGGAGGAUUCAGAAAUGGAUCAGCUGUGUGAGGGGCUAAGGAGUGAAAACUGCAAAUUAGAGAAACUGAGGCUGGCUAUUUGUCAUCUCACCUCCAGAUGUUGCUCAGCUCUCUCCUCGGCUCUUUCUUCUCCAAACUUACGACUGACUGAACUGGACCUGAGAGCCAAUCAGCUGGAGGAUUCAGGAAUGGUUCUGCUGUGUGAGGGGCUGAGGAGUGAAAACUGCAAAGUAAAGAAAUUGUGGCUUAGUGAGUGUGGUCUCACCUCCAGAUGUUGCUCAGCUCUCUCCAAAGUCUUUUCUUCUCCAAACUCUCGACUGACUGAAUUGGAGCUGGGUAAGAAAGAAUCGAUCAUGGAUCAAAACAUAAAUAAGCUGGAGGAUUCAGGAGUGGCUGAGCUGUGUGAGGGGCUGAGGAGUGAAAACUGUAAAUUAGAGAAACUCAACCUGUCUGAUUGUGGUCUCACCUCCAGAUGUUGCUCAGCUCUCUCCUCGGCUCUUUCUACUCCACAUUCACGACUGACUGAACUGGACCUGAGCAGCAACAACAUGGAGGAUUCAGGAGUGGAUCAGCUGUGUGAGGGGCUGAGGAGUGAAAACUGCAAAUUAGAGAAACUGAGCCUGUCUGAAUGUGGUCUCACAUCGACAUGCGGUUCAUUCCUCUCUUCAGUUAUUUCUUCUCCACACUCAAGGCUGACUGAACUGGACUUGAGUGGUAACCGGGACUUUGGAGAUUCAGACAUAGCUGAGCUGUGUGAGGGGCUGAGGAGUGAAAACUGCAAAUUAGAGAAACUGAGCCUGGCCUCAUGUGGUCUCACCUCCACAUGUUGCUCAGGUCUCUCUUCAGUCCUAUCUUCUCCACACUGCCGGCUGACUGAACUGAAGCUGAACUACAAUAACGUGGAUGAUUCAGGAGCUCAGCUGCUGUAUGAAGUACUGAGGAGUGAACAAUGUAAAGUAGAGUCACUUUGGCUGUAUGCUAACCGGAUUGGCGAGAGUGAGAAGGAGAAGCUAAGGUCACUAAGGAACGAGCUGAGACAUGAUUGGAGGGUGGAUAUGGCAAUCGAAUACCCUUGACAGAACCCCAUCCACUCCCUCUGUGUUCUUCUUUUUAUUAUAAAUCUUAUUCAUUUUAUUAAUUUUAUCUUAUUACUUAUGAUCUUUUAAGUUGCUUUUCACCUAUAAAAAGCUCUCCAUGUCUUCUUCUCAGCCUGUGUGCUUCUGUUAGUUAACUCACGUGUUUGUCCAUCUAUGUGACCCUGAACUGGUGUCAAAAUGGACCCAACCCAACCAGGGGUCACAAUAACCGUUGAGGGUAGCGGUAGAAGCACAGAUGGGUGGACAGUUCAAUUGUCGGGUAAAGGAGGUGAGGCCUAUCCAGGCACUGGGGACAAAACCUGAUGGUCAUCUGAGUAGAAACAGCGAAAAAGCUGCUGCUCCUCUACAUCAUUUGGUGUUGUUGGAACUUGUGUCCAUUGUUUCCAUUUGCUGACAUUUCAUGUUAUCUUCUGUUUGUAACUGGACAAACACUGGCAUGUGCUGAUUUGUACUUUUCACAUUUUUGACAUAUUCGAGGCUCAGUUUUCUUUUUCGUGUUUUUCAUUUCUUCAUUUUCACUUCACUGUCACGUUUGGCAAAUGUAAAAAGUAGAGCUAUAGUUGAAAAGCCUGGUGUAUUCUAGAUUGCUAACCAAGGCAGGAGGGAGCCAAAGGAUUUUGGCCAGGGAAUCCCUAGAGGGCAGUCCCAUUAAUGUAACAAUCAUGGAUUAUAAAUCAUGUCCAAAUGACACAAAAUGGUCUGAUAUCUGAGGAGGCAAAAUUGAGAGGAAAUGGCAUGACAACGGAAGAAGCUUAUAUAUAAGUCAGACAGUCAUGUUCCUGUAGAAGAAAAAAAUCUGACAAGAAAGUUUAAUUCUAACAUUCAUUUUUCCUCUUUAUUUAUUACACCCUGUAAAGACAAAAUGUGGCCAGUGCAUAAAGGCAUGCUGGCAGCACAGAGGCAAAGACUUAAUUUAAGACUUACAGGCUUUGCAGCCACUUUAUUAAAGUAGCACCAGUGUCCUCCAGAAAGAUGAGAAGAAGACAAGGAAGAAACCACAGCUACUGGACCAAUGAACUCCAUGAGUCUUAGAGAAAAGAGCAAACAUAUUUUUAUUCUACAUUAUGUAUUUCAGUUUUCUCAUAUGGCCUUCAUAUUUAGUCUUAGGCCUUUUUACAUUGACAUGCAUGAUAGGUUCAAGUAUUUCACUCUAUUCAAAGAUAAGAGGAUUUUAUACAUUCUAUGUAGUGAGAAGUCAACCAUAAUGACACCUUUUAUUGGCUAACUGAAAAGAUUACAAUAUGCAAGCUAUAGAAGCAACUCAGGCCCCUUCUUCAGGCAAGUUGUAAUUGCCUCAAAAGCUUGCAUAUUGUAAUCUUUUUAGUUAGUCAGUAAAAGGGGUCAUUAUGGUUGACUUCUCACUACAUUCGUAAUGGCUAACACCGUACAACACCCUAGUACUACAGACAUUCUAUGUGUAAUUCACAAAACUGUUUUUAUCCCUUAAUGUUUUUAAAAAUGUAAAUAAAACCAGAAUUUGUAUCAUAACAGAUGUCAAUUAAUAUAUAUA